AUUUUAUUAUACCUAUUAUAAAAUCGCUCAAAACAAUCUUACGGCCAUAGAACUGUCUAUCGCCAGAAAACCGACAUGAUAUUUAAAAUUUCUGCGGUUUCUGUUUGUUUUUGGUUAUGUUUUGUACUACUGUUGACCUCUUUGCGGUAGCUGUUUGAUAUGACUGAUAACAGAUAAGAAUAUAAGUAUCGUGCGAUUUGUUUGUCAGUCUCAAUUCGUAAUAUCACAAUGAAGUUCUGCGCGAAUCUUUCUUUUAUGUUUACGGAAGGCGUAUCUAUUCUAGAAAGAUAUGCAUUGGCUAAAGAAGCCGGUUUUAAGGCCGUGGAGACAGGUUUUCCUUUUGGCCAUACGUUAGAAGAAGUCAAACAGGCUAAAGAGAACUCAGGAGUUGAGCAAGUCUUAAUCAACCUUAAAACAGGUGAUCUCUCUAAAGGAGAAUUAGGAGUAACGGCAGUGCCAGGCAAGGAAAAUGAAUUUAGAGAUAACUUGAAAACAACCAUAGACUACGCAAAGGCUGUUGGAGCUAAGAAAAUACAUAUCAUGGCAGGAAAACUAGACACAGUGUCAGCAAAGAACUGGGAGACAUAUGAAAAUAAUCUUAAAUACGCAGCUAAUCUGCUGAAAAAUGAUAAUAUAGUUGGUGUUAUUGAACCUAUAAACCAACACUCAGUGCCUAAAUAUUUCUUGAGUGAUUAUGGAAAAGCUGUAGAAAUAAUCAAGAGGAUCAACAGUGAGCAUCUGAAGCUGCAAUUGGAUAUUUUCCAUCUUCAGCACAUUUGCGGUGACCUCUCCUACAACAUCAAAGAUCUCAUGCCAUAUGUUGGUCAUGUUCAGAUAGCCCAAGUGCCAAAUCGUAAUGAACCUGACACUGAUGGAGAGAUAAACUAUCAAUACAUAUUGAAAGAGAUCCAAAAGAAUGGGUACAAUGACUGGAUCGGCCUGGAGUAUAAGCCAGCAGGAAGCAGCAGGGAUGGACUCAAAUGGAUCAAAGAUUUUGGCUACCAAUUGUGAAAUGUACAGAUUCCUUUGAACAAGCAAAAUUAAUACUUGAAUGUGAAAAAACUCCAAUAUGUAAUACUUCUAUAACAUAUUAUUCUAACUUAAGUGUUGCUCUUGCAGUUUUAGGCUGCGUUUCCACCAGAGAUGUGUUGCGAGGAAUGUGUUUUGAUCAUCGCCGCGCUGCGCAAUGUCAUGGCGAGCUCACGUCAAUGAAGCGAUUCUAUUGGUUCUCAAAAACGCAACACAUCUCUGGUGGAGACGCAGCCUUAAUUGUUCGCAGAUGACAGAUAAAUUCGGACAUUGACCCAUCACUACUUUUCUACUCACGCAUUAUCUCUUUCCAAUUUAGUGAAAUUUUUGCGAGUUUUUUACUCGCGAAAGGCAAUUACAUAUAGCUUUAGUCAAUGAACAAAUUUGUGUUUGGUUACUGACUAUACUGUUUUUAUAAUU